UCUUCUCUUCUCAGACCUUUCGAGAUGGAAAAUCUUCACGCUCCGACUGUACCCUCCGGAGAAACUACUGCCUCUGUCACUAAUGGUGAUGCGGGGCAUCUGAGCUUUGCUGAAUUGCAGCGAAAGAAAGACGAUGUUGAGGCCGAACUCAAGGCUCUUGGAGGCGUUCUUGAUUCGCACGGAGUAGAUAUGAAUUCUUCCCUACUGACGAGCGAUGGAUUCCCUCGCGCGGAUAUCGAUGUUGCCCAAAUCCGAACUACAAGAGCUCGCAUUAUCCGUCUACGAAAUGACUAUAAAGCUUUGAUGGCUCGUAUUGAGAAGUACCUUCACGACCACUUUGCCAGUCUUGACGAGAACGAUGCAGUACCGGUUGCCGGUCAAGGCAACUCUCAAUCGGUCUUGCCAGACUCUGUUUCUGCGCCUUUGGAUCCCCCUUUCGCGAAAGUCAACACUGUAGCUCUAGGAAGCCCUGCAGAGAGUGCUGGCCUGAAAGCUGGAGAUGAGAUCCGUAACUUUGGUUAUGUCAAUCGGGCCAAUCACGACAAUAUGAGGAAGGUUGUAGAAUGCGUGCAGGGUAAUGAAGGAAGCAACGUUUUCAUCAGAGUAUCACGAGCAGAUGGUGUGGCCGAACGACAGGAGUUGCGAUUGACUCUGGUACCCAGAAAGGAUUGGGGUGGUCGUGGCAUGUUGGGUUGUCAUAUUCUUCCACUAUAAUUUCGAACAGGCCAUGGCCACAUCAUGCAUCAUGGCAGGUCAUACAGGACUAUGUGUAACAGCAACACAGCAAGAACAGCCGCCGUGGCAAGAGCCUUAUCCAACUUACAGUGUAGAGAGGAGGCCCUCAAUCAAAAUUCGGUGAUUAGAAUUAUACUCCAUUGACAAAACGAAAUUGCGAGCAGGAAAUGAAACCUUGCCUCUUCUUUCGAGGACUUAU